UAACCUAGAUAUAGCUCUGCAAAGUUGUGAAAUUUUAUUUGUAUGGUGGGGGGCGAGUUAGUGUCCUCCACGAUACAAAUAUCUGUAAAAUGUCAUGGCUUUGUGGAGCAAUAUCUUUUCUCUCUUCAGACUUACAAUCUUUAAAAUUGGUAAGUCACUUCAUUUUAAGACCCUCUUUCCGGCAGUGUCAAUGGAUAUUCACUUAAUGCUCUUUAUCAAAAGUUGAAAAAUUAAAACAUGAAAGGGUCUAUUAUUACUACCUAGUAUGGUUGUAAUAUCAUUUCUGUUUUACAUGUACUGACCCCUGUUUUAGAAUAUGAUCUUAUGAUGUCGGUGCCAAUACAUUUUGUGGUCAAGUAUAUAAUUGUAUUGUGGAUCUUCCCAUCUCAAAGUUUUUAUCUUCUAUAAGGUCACAUGGCUUUAGUGUAUCUUCUUAUUGAAGUGAAUUAUUUAGACCACUGCUUGAUUUCAAGAUAAGAUGGUUUUGAUCUUACGCAGUGUUCCUAAAUGCUGAGAAUACAACUAUAAAGCUUAUGAGAAUCACCAUACUUGCAUGUGUGUGUUUCAGGUCAAAUUUGAUUGCAGGUUAAUUUUUUUUAACCUAGAUUGAUUCUCAAUUUACUUUGUCUCCUAGCCCUAAUUAUUCAUGAAUUAGGGCUGGGAAACAAAGGGAAUGAGAUUCAACGUAGGUUAAAUCAAAAUAAUAAACCUGAAAUCAAAUUUCACCUGUAACAUGUAUAUUACCAUUGACACUGAUUUUCUAGGUUUUAUAAACGCUAUAAAAAUUUUAGAUUUUUUCUCUUUACAACGUACUAAGGGUAGAAUCAUUAAAUGUCUUUUCUGUUACUUUGUAUAUGAUUUUUUUGUUGUUGUUGUUUUUUAAUUUAGCAGCCCCCACCACCAGGAGCAGGUCCUAUGCCUGAUCACAGGGCUCCAGGUACUGUUAGUCUUUCUCUUUUUGUUUGUUAAUGAAGCUACAAUCAGCGACAAAAUUGUUGAGACACUGUCCUUAGCCUGCAUAGCAAGCAUUUUUGUGUGGUUUCGAAGCAAAGAACAUGGAACUAAAGUCAAAGACCACACAAAAAAUGGCACUCUUGUUCCAUUUUUUGCGCAGCCAAAACCGAAACAGCACUGCCAAAUUGGUCUUUGGUGUGUCUGUCUUGGGUCCACCACUGGCAAGCCGGAUUUGUUGUAAGGUUAAUCCUUCCUAAAUUUCAUUAGCCACUUUGUUCCACAUCAGAAACUGAGGAUAACAUUUUUAAUCUUUUUUUAGGCAUGGUUCCUCAUUUUCCCAAACCUCCUGUUGCACCACAUGUGAAUCCUGCAUUUUUCCCUGAAGGACCACCGGUAAGUUUCUCUCCAAACCAUGCAUGUGCAUACCAUAUUAUUAUAGAUUAUUUCAGCUUCUCUAGAAGAAUUUCCAAGAUAUGCAAAGAGCUGAAAAUAAUUUGGAGAACAAGUUUCAAUGUUAAUAUGCCUGUUAAAACUAGCUUUUUAAAAAGGGGUUAUUGUAAGAUGGUUUUGCAUUCAGUUCUUUUACAAUAUGAAUGCUGUGGUGUUGUAGCAGAGAGAAGUUAUCAAAUCGGUGAAAAGUAGGCUUUGGUUGGUAUUUGUUUAUUGUGGCUCGAGCAGAAUCUUUGAAGCAACGCCACCAACCCAUAAUCCUUCUGCCCUUAUCUGAUUUUUAGCCGGAUGCAUUCCUAGCAGCUGGAGGUCCUAACGCAAUGUCGCAGUUUAUGCCCAGACCUGCAGGUACAGAUCUGCAUUUAUCUAAAUGUCACAUUCUAUUUUUUUAGAGCAUCCAUUUGUAAAAUGUGGAAAAAUUCUGGGUCACUACAAGGUUUAUAUACUGUAGUUUCUGAAUUUUAUGAGUCCUUGUGAAGACCUUUAAUUCUCUUGUAACUCCUUGAAAUGUCCCCGCAUUUGUCUGGAAAUAGGGAUGACAUAUUCUCUCUGUGUGUUUUAAUGUUAGCCAACACUCAAAUAGAACCAAAUAGACCAAUUUCGAUGUAUUAAAAUUCAUACUUGGCUAUGAGAAUAAAACAAAAUAAUGAAGUCAUCUUGAGGCUCAGCAAUGAAUAAUACAUUUCUUUUGUUUUAUUUCCCCAAGCCUCUGAGCCAAAUAUGAAUUUCAAUAUAUUGAAAUUGGUCUAUUGCAAAUACUUAUUCAAUGGAUAGUGCUUUAUCAGGAAGACUGAUAUUGAAUAGUAGGUCUCAGGUCAUUUGUGUCCAGUCUAGCGGUCCUUGUAACCAAUAAUAAGUACCUUUAGAUUGUCCCUCUUAUGGUAACUUAUCAUGCCCUUAUUGUAUUCCUAAUUUAGUUCUAUUUAUGUGCUAGUCAGCAAUGGAAAAGAGUUAUAAUUUGGGGGAUACAAUAAAGAGGAGAAGUCAUUAUGUCAAGUUUCCUUGGUAGCAAAAAUUUCUGGAUCUCAACAAACUGUUGAGAUCAAAAUGGCAGCCAUGGCGGUCAGUGCGCUCACAUAUUUCUUCACUGACAAGCCAAAAUCAAUUAAUCAGGGAGAAAACCACUAUAAUUCUAAACACGUUGAGUUAUUUGAAUAUUCUAAGUGGGUGUUUAAGAUUCCACUGUGGCAAAGGCAACAGCAACAAGAACGACAAAAAAGCUGAAUAGGUUAAGAUCAUCAAAACAACAGCUUUGCACAUGCAGCAAAAUUUUUUGUACAUUUGUUUGCAGUGAUUGCACUACCACGACUUGAUGAUGUGAAUUGCCCACAUGUAAUUUCAUGUUUUAUCAACCACAUGUACAUGUGACGACGAAUCUUUUUUCAAACUUGGAAAUUUUUCUUGAGAAUUCAACUCCAAGAGAGUUCUCCUACAGCAUAACACAAAGUGAGCAAGUUAAGAUAAUCGAUCUGAAGUUUCAUUGAACGCGAAGUCACUUUUUAGGUGACAUCAUUGCCAUCAUGGUGUGUUUUGUUGAGAUCCAGAAAUUUUGCUACCAUGUUAAUGUUACGUCACCCUUCUUCUCUAUUGGCUGGAAAUUCCAAAGUCAUACUCUUACUUGAUUCCUACUCAUAUUCAAAUCCAAUGGCCAGUGAUCAGUCCUUGCUGUUGGAGAGGUCUGUAGGUGGGGUAGAACAGUGGGGAAUAAAAAUGAUGGCUGUGUGGGAAAUUUUAGUUUCUGAUCUCCUGUCCCCCUCUUGCCCAUCUGUUCAGUCUUAAAGUCAGAAAUAAAUGCGAAGUGAUGUUGGUAAAUUCAUUUGUAGAUGAAUACAGUGAGUCAAUGAAGAGAAAUCAGGUCCUUGCCAGUAGUGCUAUCAAGAGAGCUAUGGCUGAUGCUAAUGCUGGUAAGCUGCUAUUUUUAUCUUUCUUUUGAUCUCACCCUUUCGCUUAUAAGAGUGCCCUAAUUUAAAAUAUCAAAAUAUCGAGAACUUUGCGUUGUAGGUACUGGGGAAAGAUAGUGUAAUAUUACCAUUAAGUACUGCUAAAGGGGUUUUAUUUCAACAGCUGUACCCAGGGCUGUUGUCCUAGGCCGGAUACUUUAACUUAAUGUCCCCAUGCUUACCUUGGGUACCAGGGGCUUUUUCUCACUUUCUGCAAUUGAGUGUGGCAGACAUGCUUUGGGGUCAGUCACGGGCCGACAUCUUCGACCAAAGGGCUAAGCCAAGAGCUGCAAACCCGGAACUAAUAGUGUAUUUGAUGGUGUUUAUUUUCACUUAUGUUCAUUUUAAUAUAUUUACGAUAUAUAUAAGUAACCUGUAUAUCAAUGCUGUGACCUCUACCUGACCACAUCUAUGUAAUGGGAAACCUUUAUAGAUUAAAGAUGUGGAUGUAGAUGUUCUCUAUCUAGUUCUCAAGUGACAUGUCUAGCUACAACACAGGCUACUACAAUUGACUCCAAGGGUGAGGGGGGUUUGUGUGUAGAUACAGUAACACAUCUUACUCUUCUUCUAACAACUAGGUGACUAUGAAAGUGGAAUAGAAACAUUAGUUGGAGCUAUCUCUCUUAUCAAACAGUCACCAACAGCUGUGGAGGAGAGAUGUCAGGUAGGGCACUUCGAAUCAACUAAGUCAAAAUACCCAUUGUGUUCUGCUGAUUAUUUAGGAAUGAUUUUAAACUGCUGGCAGUCCUGCUGCCAAACUGAAAAGAGACUGUUUGCAGACUAGAAUGAUUUCGGACAGUGGAACCCCGUUAAACGGUCACCAGUGGGUCAUAAAAAUAUGGCUGUAUUAACGGGGUGGCCGUAUUACUGGGGCAGGGUAAAAUUUCAUGACUUAAGCCGACCGGAAUGACAAUACACCACACAUUGCAUUCGAACUUCUUGAGCAACUGUUCUCUUUAAUAAACAACCGGAAUGAAGAUAUCGCGUACUAUAAUGGCAAAAACUACUUGAAACUUUUCUUUAGUACAUAAAACACGUCCAUUAAACCGCCACAAACGCAUUUUAAGUGUACUUUAGUCUAAAGGCAAUACAAGAACAGGCUCAGCUGGCUAGAUCAGUGAAAUUGACACGUCUCAGGCAUUUUAAUUUUCUAAAUUUCGAACGAGUCAGUAGCCUUAUUAACGGGAUGAAAUUAUAAAAGAUUCUGCUGUUUGGAAUUUAAAAAUGUGGCCGUUUGCCGUAUUAACGGGUGACCGCAGUAACGAGGGUUUUUUUUAUAAGAAAAUGUAUGACGACCGGCAGGGUUGUCAUUAAGAGCCGGGGGCCGGGGAUUUUCCCCGGCUACUAAGAGAGUGGCCCCCGGCUACUUUUAUUGGAAAACAGAAGAAAAAUAGAACCAAAAGAAAUCCCUAGCCGUUUGAUUACCCGCCUACUUGUUGUGUUUACCCGGCAACUUGAAAUCUUAGUGACAACCCUGCCGACCGUUUUGCCGUUUAAACGAGGUGGCCGUAAGGCGGGGUUCCGCUGUACAUUACCAAAAAGGUCAUUGUUUGUUUUUUUUUUUCAAUGCUAGUCUUAUGUUAUUAUGAUAUCCUUUAGUCAGUUGCUAGGAGACUGUCCCGCCAUAUAAUAGCUAAGCACUUCUGACCUACCACUGUCCAACAUCGUAGUCCUCAACUUUCUGCCUCCUAAUGAAGUGGCUUGCACUUUAUGAAGCUGUUAGGAAGCGUCCUUAAAGUGCUCAUGUGCUGUCCACAAAAUAUACUCGUCACGAAAUGGAUCCAUCCCUUUUAAAUGUGUGCUACUAUCUUGGACAAAGCUACAUGAGAAAAUAGCCCAGGCGUGGUAUUUGGCUUAAGACCUGUUCCCCUAAUUCAACGACUGAUUCACGAGCCGAUGCCCGGGUAACACUGAGCAGAUCCAAAUAACAUUGAUCCGGGGAGAGGUAGGGUUACAAACUGUUUUGGUCGUCUGUCUGGCCGUAGAGGCGCGAUUUUCUCAACAAUUUGAUACAAGGUUUUAGAUAUUCCAGGUAUUGACCGUGAAGUAGUGACUGGAUGUAUUAUUUCUGUUCUAGGUGCUUGUUCAGUCAUUGCAAGAUUGUCUUGCAGGACUUGAGGCACAGCUGCUUGAAAGAAGGUAAGUAUAUAUUACUGAAUGUUCCUUUCGCUUUAACUAUCAAAAAUUUUAAUAUUUUUUUGAAUAGCUAACAUGUGGCUUCCAAAGGGAAUGUUUGAUAUUCUAGGUCAAUUAAACGUUAGGAAGUUUUGUUCCGAAUCAAGGAAAAUUGUGUUUUUAAAGAGAUUUUUUUUCUUUAUCCGUUUUAGGGCGAUAGGAAGUAAACAUCAUUACAGCGAGAAGGACGACUUUGAAGGGGAAACCAGAGAAAAAAGACAUAGGCGUAGUCGACGGUCGCGGUCCAGAUCACGUGAUAGGGACAGGAGAUCAAGGUCACGAGACAAACGCUCAAGAUCACGUGAUCGCGAAAGACGCCACCGAAGAUGAUAAACCGUUUGUGAAGACCUAUUAUUUUGAAAACUUUAUUUCAGAGAGAGGGUGUUUUGACGUGGACUCACUUUUCUCGAAUCAAGAGCUUUAAAAGGCUUACUUCACGUUUGACAUAUUUUACCUUCUUUUACGUAAUUACGUUGCCUGCAGUUAGCUGUCAAGUACAUCCAAAGUUGAAAGAAUUUUGUGAAUCACAUGCGCACAGGGUAGGGUCAAGCUCUUCUGUAAAUAGUCUCGAGAACUUGGAUUCAUUGUCCUUUUCCUGACUCUUAAGUUACUCCCUGCUUUAACGAAAGAAUUGUCUUCAUUCUGCAUUUGUAACUUUGAAAUAGUAACAUAAGUGGCAAAGAAAAAUGUCUUUGUCUUAGCUAUCUAUUCCGAGCUAUUUUGAAGGCAACGUUUUGUACCUCCGUCUUUUUAAUCUUCAAUUUAGUGGAAUAAAGAAGGAGAUAAACUGAUUUUGUAGUUUUAGAUGCCUUUGGUUUUUCUAUUUCUUGUUCCAACGAUUCAGUACGUAAUCCGCGAUGGAAAACCGAGAUUUUGCUUCACAAACGAUCAGGUCUUCGCACAGGUAGCACAUAACCAACUUUGGUACAUUAUGGAAGUCAUCCAAGCGACGUUAAUUUGAUGUUACACGAGACGAUUUUUAGCGCAACACAGCAUUGCGACAUUGUUUCGAAUAGUUACAAUAUUGCAAUGCUGUGGUUCGCUAAAAAUCGUCGUUGCGAACCGUCUCGGGUAACCGCCUUUAAGGCGGGUUUUUACUUAUCUUUACAAUAUUAGCGGCGAAAUAAAUAUCUUGGUCUAGGAACUAAAAAAUUAGCUCAUUCCUAUACCGAAGGUCCCCAAAAGAGGUCUUCAAUUCUGUCGGUCCCGACGUGAAUCUUCCCUGAAUCGCGCAUUCUCGACGCUAUUCAUUCAUUGACUAAUCUUGAUCCUGAGCAUACGUCGAUAAGGUACCUUACAAAAGGAAAAGAUCGACCAUUUUUGAAGGUCCCCAGUAGAGUUCUUCAAUCCUGACUGUUCCGUUAAGAAUCUUCUAUAACUCGGUUUUCAUUGGCUUAUCCCGAUCCCAAGUAGCCUCCCACGCAGACCUUUGGUCCGUCACGCAAUCCUCCCCAACGAACGUGGGGCAGGAACGCGUGAGGAACCCCUAAGGAAGUCCGCGUGGGAGACUAGAUCCCAAGCUGACGUCUCUAAGGUGCCUGACAGUGCAGGGUAUAGAUUGACCAUUUUGCGGUUGCGCACCAGACUGCAAUUGUGGGUUAGAAUUAUGUCGCGCUGCACCAUGGGAUUGGUUCGGGACGCUUUGGCUUCUUUCAUUCCCCAAAACAGUCCCAUACUGCAUUUCGACACAACUUUGACCCAGUCUCACUCUUAACACCAAGAUGGUCACUUCUCUGUCACCCUAAGAGAGUGAUGUUAACCUGUUCUAAGCGCUCAGUUUAUCGAGACGAGCGAAAAGAAAAGCGUGGGCGUUAAAAAAUAUGGUGCUAGGGUCGAGUAACCUUUCAAAAGGAGUGUUUACAUGUCAUCUCGUAACUCUGUAUACCAAGUAAUUUCCUCAUAUAUGCCGGCACGCUUUCAUCCGCGUUGCAGCAACAGGGCGAGAAUUUCAUUCCGGUGCAAAUCAUGUAAACAAGGAACGACCACUGGUUGGUCAUGGGACAGGAACAUGUUAACCUGAUACGAAAUCCGAAGGGCCCCGAUAUGAAGCUUGCGCUGGUACAAGUUUUCUUAUGUAAACACCACCUAACACAACUAACAGGUCUAAUUGUUGAUCAUGUGAAACCCUAUACAGUAAGCUUUUUUUGUGAUAAAAACAACUAUAAAAUAUUCCUGCUUCCGCCAGAGGCUGUGAUUCCUUUAAGCACGAUUUCCACCGCUCUCCCGAGUUCGAUCUUACUUCUUCCCCAAGAGAGACUAUCGCGGAUAAUGUGAGGCGGGUUCAUUUUCCCGGACAGCGGCCGGUAAUCGAGCCUCCGAUUCUUUUUGGACAGCGGCGCGACACAAAUAGGGUAGGUACUUGAUGUAUGGGGACAUAAAUAGGAAGGUGGGAAGACAUAAGUAGAAAAAUAAGGUGCGUGUAACCUAAGACGCAUUCUAAAUAAGCCGCGAACUUCCCGUAAUGUAAUAUGGAAUAUGCAGGCUUAAUACAAGAUAUACGGGCUUUACUCGAGUGCCACAACGAGUUUUUUUUCUUUUUCAGCGAGAUACACAUUUCUAGUAUAUGGGAUACAAAAUGUAUUCGGCUCUAAAAUAGAACCUAUCCUAGUUAAGACGUUUCUCUAAAGCAUGUCACAUAUUAAGUUCGUGUCUUAGACGCCUCUUACGUUUCCCUAUUGAUACAGUAUGUUUUCUCAUACAUGAAGAACCUGGCUAAAAAUAUAAUGGCACUUCACCUUGUAUUUUCCUUGUUAGAAACACCUGCCAUCUGAAUCAGCUUUGUGAAUGACACUUAAAACAAAUAGACAAAAGAAUCUAACCAAUAAAGACCUUUUGUCGUAUCAUUCGCAUAAUCGCAAAUAUUCUUUCCUUUAAUAAUUUAUUCGCUCAACUUCCCCUAGCUUAACUUAUACAUGACUAUCAUUAAAAUACAUUUGCCCGCUUCAUUUUUGCCCACAUUAGUUUGACAAAGAACAUGAUAGUGACUUUCAUUUUAGGCUAAGGCAGAACGCUUCUCCCUCAUAAUGGAUUUGAAUAAAUGAUCAUGAACUGGGCUAAAUGCAAAUGUGAUAAUCUUCGUUUGGUUCUUCAUAACAUUACAUAUUAAAUUACGAACUAAGCUGUCAAAAGACAUCAUAUGACUGAGGCGACAAAACACCGUAUUCGAUGCUAAAAAGCAAAAACCAUAAUUAUUAUGCGAAAAGACAGUAAUGUUUUAAAGAGGACUGAGGUGCCAGCUUAAAGGUGACGAAAUUGUUUCUAAAGUCGAUUUCGAGGAUUUACUGUAAUAUUCGUGUUUAAUUUGUAAACGGAAAGAAUUCCCAUGACAAGUUUAUGAUUUAUUUAAAUUCGACUAACUGGGCCUUCAAAUUUGCGCUGAAUAUUUAACGAGAGACAACUAAACGGUUGCUAUCCUUCUUGUUGCUAAGCUGAAAAGUCAAACUGAGUUUAAAGCCAAAUCAGUCAGUUUACGAUUUGAGCCUGGGCGCCGAGAACUGGAAGAAAACAUUUUGUUGAAGCAGCCGUGAUUUAAAAAGCUGUCUCAUGAAAUCGUUUGUUUGAAUAAGGGUGAACAAAAUGUCUUCAUCGAUAAUUGCGGGAGUAAACGUCGAAAACAUUUCAAGACAUCUGAAUUGCAGUCUUUGUAAAAGGCUGAUUCGAGGUCCGAAACUACUUCCCUGUUUACAUUCAUUUUGCCAGGUUUGUCUUCAGGAUCUCGCCGAGAAACUCGCUCCAAAUGAAUCGCUUGUUUGUCCACUGUGCAAGACAGACGCGAGAAUUUCAAGAGAUGAUAUAGAAGCUUUGCCAGUUAAUUCAUUCUUGGAUAACAUGUUGGAUAUUGCAUUGAUAAAUUCGAGCGACAGAGAACCCGUGCCGUGCACGAACUGCGACUCCGCGGCAAAUUCUAGAUGCGCUGACUGCGGGGAAUUUCUUUGCGAAAAAUGCUACAGCAUUCAUAGAAGGAGUCGGCAGACGAAAGAACACAAAGUUCUCACAAUUGGCGAACUUCUUGAAAGUAAAACCGGCGAAGAUCUUCACAGGCCGGCAUUUUGCAACAUCCAUCGCAGUGAGCAAUUGAGAUACUACUGCGAGACAUGCAACGAAGCAGUAUGCAGGGACUGCGUUCUAAUUGAACAUCGCCAGCACAAAUACGAUUAUGUGAAAGACUCGAAAAAGGUACAGAAACAGAGAACGGUUGUGGAGAACCUGUUCGCGCAAUGUGCGGAAAAUAUCCCAUUGCUGGAAAAGUCGAUUAAACAGAUUCAAGGCAUUUCAGAAACCCUUCAUGGGACGCUGGCCACGGUGAAAGCAGAAAUUCGACAAACUGCUUUGCAGCAGAUAAAAGUUGUAAAGGACACAGAAAGGAAACUUUUGACGGAAGUGGAGAAGAUUCAUAACGCGAAAUCGACAAUUUUGCGGCGGCAAAAGAACAAAUUGGAAGAAGAUUUCGCGAGGUUUAGCGCCGGUUGCGAUUUUUCUGAGCAGGUAUUAAAAUACGCUAACGAGGUAGAGCUACUCUCGCUGAAGGUACACAUCACUAAAAGACUAACAGACUUAAAAAACACUGAACUUGACUGCGAACCACACGAGAACGCUGAACUCAAAUACGAAGUGAACAACAAGGAAGCUGAGGCCAUGCUGGCGCAUUCUUUAGGAAGUAUAAAGACAAAUGUCAGUCAACAUCUACUGUUAGAAGAUAUUGAGGUUCCUUCAAUGAAUGAAAGCGCGAGCGAAACAGAACAUGUUUUGAAAGAAGCUCCAAAACUUUCAGUGGAAUUGCGAGACUCAAGCGGAGUUCUCCUUCCACCUGAUAUAUUUCAUCAAGGUAAAUAUUUCUCUUUUUUUAUCUGCGUCAAUAUAAACUGAUAAAAAAUUUAUUUUUCCUCAAUUAGUGUACUCUUUUGAUGAUAGUAGGAUAUACUGACGUACAAUGCCGUUUCAAUUGCAAGGCUCGUUUUGCAGUUCUACAUCAUAAAUUGGCGAAUUUUCUCUGUCUCAUUUAGAACAAUCUUUUUUCUAAGCCAUUUAAUAUUUUAAAGCAUUUUCAUAUUUGAGUUUUUCCGUCAUUCUUAAUAUCACCUUGUCCAAAUACUCUAAUGAAGGGAUUCUUCCCUUUAAUUACAUGUUUUCCGGUCACCUCCGUUACCUUGUUUGUGUAAGUUAAGAACUUAAACAAAUGAGCAUAUUCGUCUUAUUUAUUUAAGUUGGCCUAUAAAUCAUUGAAUAGUUUGCUUAUUAAACAUGUAUAGCUUGUGUAAAUCCCGGGGAGGGACUCCCAAAUAAAAGCGAGGAUGCUCGUCGUCUCGCUUAGGGGUCAUAAAUUGCAGAUUUUGGUCUCACUUAGAUAAGUGCGUUUGAACCACACCCACAUUGGUCUCCCUUGGGGGUUUAAUUUUAAUUUUCCGACAAGCAUCCCCGUCAAUUUUAUAUAUGGGAGUCCCCCGCCGGGAUGUAAACUUGGCUUCAGAAUUAGACGCUUGCCGGAAUUAGGUUAACAACUUAGUCGUAGAACGUAAUCAUUUUUUAGAUUAAUUUGACUAUUUAAAGGCUAUUCAAUCAGAAAAUCUGGUUCAAGUGAAUUUCUUUCAGCUUAAUUUUUCCCUCUUUUCUCGGCCUAGCCGACGGACAAUCAUUCUCAGCUUAUCACCCUUUCUUCAAUGGUGUCUUCUCAUUUGCCGUCUUUUCGCGUGGACAAAUUGUAGAAGGAUUUCCUCUAGAGAUAAACAUCGGAGAUGUCGCACCACGUGUGCGAAGCGCAAAGAGAGCGAUCGCGGGAAGUGGAUCCAAGUUUGGAAGGCUAAGCGAUCCACAGGGAGUAGCGGUGGAUCAAGACGGCAACGUGAUUGUUAGUGACUCGCGCAACCACCGGCUCCAGGUAUGUGCGUCUUUGUCAGUCAGCACGCCACCUCAGUGUCAGCCAGUAGUAUUAGAUACCUCUGGAUUGAAGACGAGUAGAACUACGAGUACGAGAUUUUCUCAGCACCAAGUAGUGAUGAACCAACGUCAUUUUGGCGGGAAAACGUGGUAGCCGUCGUCAUUCUUCUACGAGUUUUAGCAAGGUGUCGAAGUGGCAGAAACAGGACAUCAAAUGUUAGAAGUUUUAUCAUUUUCCGAUUGGGAGAGCGCGUAACCUCCUUCAAUAAAGAUAACAGUGCUAACAUUUCUAGUGAAAAAUGGUAGAAUGAAGCUUUCCGGGAAGUCUAUAUUUCGAGAAUACGCGAAAAAACUUUAAGUCAAAUCUCGUACUGGUAGUCGUCCCCGUCCUCGAAUCUAAAGGUCUCUUUCAGCCAAGAAAUGUUCCGGAAACAUGAAGAAGGGGGCUGGGAAUGGGUUUGCAUAUGCGGUCCUACAGAUGUCUCUUCUUCACGUAAUAAAUUAAGUAGUUGACGGAGUUGCAAAAAUUCUGAGGCCUGAGGAACUAGACCACUGUGGGCAACAUGUUCGCUGCCACCGCGCGCUAGAACUGUUAGCGACUUGAAGUCAUAACAUUUCUGUUUGUGUGACAGGUGUUCGACAUGGAGGGUAACUUCCGAUUCCGGUUUGGAUCACCAGGAAGUGGAGAUGGUCAUUUCCAGUCUCCCAGUGGAGUGGCCGUCACCCGCGAAGGCAAUAUUGUAGUAGCAGACACAAUGAAUAACAGAAUCCAGGUAAGUUUUGCUAAAACAGAAUCCCUGUAAAAUUCCAUUUCUCUGCUGUGCUCUGAUUAAGGCAUUUGAGUCGCUUGUUCGAUCGCCUGCCCCUACGGUUUUUUGUAUACUUAUUCACUUAGUAACCGCUUAAACAAUUCCGCAAGUUAAAUUUUAGAGGGGCAAGUAGCUCUAUCUGGGAAGAAGAAUGACCGAUAUUUCAUUCCUAUGAUCAUUGGUGAACUCUUUCGGUAGGACACGUCAGCCUCGCCAUCCGUUAGUCAGACAAAAAUGGGCAUUGGUCUUUCAAGCAACUGAUUACUCGAAACCGAAUGGGAAGCCAUCCUGUGCAUAGCUUUUUCUUGUUUUUAGAUUAUUUUCAUUUUUCUUUCUCUUUCCACUUUUUCUAACCUUAUAUUAUUUCACGGACACGAAAUUUAAAACAAGUCACAAGUAACGUGAUAAAUACGUCUAAAAGACCGUCAUACUCGUUCGUCUGCACAUAACUUUUACACGUGAAUUUGACCUUUUUUUGUAGAUUUUUUCUAAAGAAGGAACGUUCAUCAAGAAAUUCGGUAAGGGAUAUAUGCAAAGUGAACGCUUGUACCAACCAUAUGGCGUGGCCGUGGACAGCGAAGGGCGUCUAUUUGUUGUGGAUCGAGGAAACGCGCGCGUGAUCGUUUUCAGCCAGGAGGGCGAGAUAAUAUUAUCAUUUGGUUCCCUUGGUGGGGGUAAGGGUCAAUUCAACUGCCCAACAGCUGUGGCGGUCAACAGCAAAGGUCAUGUGAUUAUCACUGACUUCGGGAACGAUCGGGUUCAGGUGUUUAGCGCCAAUGGUCAAUUUCUUUUCAAGUUCGGCAAGAGCGGAAGGGGCGACGGAGAGCUCAAUUGGCCGACCGGAGUAGCCACGGACUCUGACGAUCACAUCAUCGUGAGUGACUCGUACAAUCAUCGGAUUCAGAUAUUUAAUGAUGACGGUUCGUUUGUCACUCGGUUUGGAACUGAGGGCAAUAAAAGAGGACAGUUUAAAAGACCGGAGGGUGUCGCUGUGACGACACAAGGAAACAUAAUAAUUGCGGACUGGGGAAAUGAUAGAAUACAAGUAUUUUAA